AUGAAUCAAUCAUCAAGUCCUUUAGAUAUUAAUCAGACAACCAAUCAAAUGAAUUCCACCGUUACUACUACUUCUCUUCACCCUCGUCAUCGGAAUUUUAUACUUGGAUUGUCCGCUACUUCUUUUAUUAUUGGAGUAGCCGGUUCAUUGUUAUAUGCUCGACGGAAAAACCUUUCAUCAAAAAAUGUUAAAUUAACCGAAUUAGAAACACUUACUAGAUAUAAAAAAGCCAGUUUUUUUUCUAUACAAGCUUUUGCGAUUGGUACAAUCCUUUGCGUCUCAGUUGGAGGUUUAUGUGCAAUUGGAAUCGGAUCAAUUCUUGGUGUCAGUAGUCUUAAAGAAUUUCACGACAAGAUGAAAGAAACAAUCCCAAAGUAUACACCAGGUUUACGUGAAGCU